CCCCGGAAGCAGAAGGGCGACUCGCGUGGGACCCCUCUGGCCCGUCAUUUGUUUCCUGCCCAGACUUCCUUGCAGGCUUAGCGACCGCUUAGUACUGUUCACCUCUCCGCCGCGCUGAGGAGCCCGGCAAGAGCCUGAGCUAACUUUUCUAAAUCAUGGAAAAACAAAAUGGGCAAAUGAGGGCUCCUUAUCCAGGAACAAAUUUACCACCUGGACAUCCCCCUGAAUAUCCUUCAGCAGCAUUCCAAAGACAUCCAGAGCACACUGGCUACCCUGGCCCCCAGCCUGGCUACCCUGGCCCCCAGCCUGGCUUCCCUGGCCCCCAGCCUGGCUAUCCUGGCCCCCAGCCUGGCUACCCUGGCCCCCAACCUGGCUAUCCUGGCCCCCAGCCUGGUUAUCCUGGCCCCCAGCCUGGUUACCCUGGCCCCAAGGCUGGCUACCCUGGCCCCCAGGCUGGCUACUCAAUUCCACCAGCUGGUUAUUCAGGUGCUGGCCAGGUAGGCUUUCCUGUCCAACACCAGCCAGUGUACAGUCAGCCAGGUGGACCUGCAGGGGUACCAUGGAUGCCAGCACCACCACCUCCAAUAGAUUGUCCACCUGGAUUGGAAUAUUUAAGUCAGAUAGAUCAGAUACUGGUUCAUCAGCAAGUUGAGCUUCUGGAAGUCUUAACAGGUUUUGAAACUAAUAACAAAUAUGAAAUUAAGAACAGCUUUGGACAGAGGAUUUACUUUGCAGCAGAGGAUACGGAUUUCUGCACCCGAAAUUGCUGUGGGGCUUCUAGGCCAUUUACCAUGAGAAUUCUUGAUAAUAUGGGCCGAGAGGUUAUAACUCUGGAGAGACCACUAAAGUGUGACAGCUGUUGUUUCCCUUGCUGCCUUCAGGAGAUAGCAAUCCAUGCUCCUCCUGGUGUACCUAUAGGUUAUGUUAUUCAGAACUGGCAUCCAUGCCUGCCCAGGUUUACAGUUCAAAAUGAGAGGAGAGAGGAUGUACUAAAAAUUACUGGUCCAUGUGUUCUAUGCAGCUGUUGUGCAGAUGUUGAUUUUGAGAUUAAAUCUCUUGAUGAAGAAAAUGUGGUUGGCAAGAUUUCCAAGCAGUGGACUGGUCUCGUGAGAGAGGCAUUUACAGAUGCUGAUAACUUUGGUAUCCAGUUCCCUUUAGACCUUGAUGUGAAAAUGAAAGCUGUGAUGCUCGGUGCAUGUUUCCUUAUUGACUUCAUGUUUUUUGAAAGGAAUGGAAACAACGAAUAAAAAGCAGCAUGGUAAUGUGAAUUAAUGAAAAUCUCCUCAGAAAGUUUGAAGUCUGAAUUGAUUGGGACUAUGUAAAAAAAAAGCUGGUUUUUUUUUCUUUGUUGAAAUAACUAAUAGCAUAUGUGAAUUAUACUGUGAUACCUGAAGUUCCUGUUAUAUAUGACUUUUGGAAUUAUGCAUUUAUUUUCUAUAUCACUUACUUAUAAAUGUUUUUAUGCAUUUUCUUUUAUUUCAUACAUGUUCUUUUUCUUUGUGUAUUUUGGAGAAAGGACAUGUGAAUUUUUACAUUUAAUCAUGAAACUUCCCAUGGUAAAUUGUUUUGAACUGUAAUUUCUUUUAUUUUCAAUUUUUAUAGAAAAUUAACUAAAGCCUUAUUAAAGUAAUUUAAUAUAAAAGUUACGUUUUAUUAAAUAUAGUUCCAGUUUACUUCACAUGUGUAAAAACUAAUGUUACUUUGCAAAUACUAUAUAAUCACAUAAGUGAAAAUCGAUAUAAUUUCAAUUUCCUUUACAACUAUGUUAAAAUAAUACUUAAUAUUCAUAUUACCGAGGAACAUAAAAUGUGUAUUUGUUUUUGUUCGCAAAUUACAGUAUAUAUAAUUUAUAAGUUAAUCUACUACUAUAAAAAGAUUUUCAUAUUAACAAGACAAUAAAUUAUUGAUGUUUUAAUGAUUUCCAAGGAAAAAGGUAUGUGGUAAAGAAGAACACAUUCAAAGACUCUAUAAAACUGAAACAUUGUUAUCAUUUUUGAAGUAAUUAUUUACACAUGGAAUAAAUGGUUAACUCCUGUAUUUAUUUUAUCAUUCAUAGAGCAUAACAGUUAUGAGAUCACUCAGAUGUUAAAUAGAACAUAUAUAUUCCUCUGAGUAGAAACUUCAGUAAUGGUCUGUUGGAGUAUUUACACCAACAAUCAAAUAACUGAUUUAAAAAUUAUUGAUAUAUUUGCAUAUUUGAUUUUUCUAAAUAAACUGUGAAUAGUCAAUUUAGGUGGUAUUCUGAACAUUACACAUUUACCACCUUUCUGCUUUCAGAUCUCCUUUAAAAGGAGCAAAAGCAUAGAUGAUCUUUAUUAAAAUCCAUUUUUUUUUUCAAAAUCAGCAAAAAUAAAAUUUAAUGGUGGGCCGCA